UUUAUUAUGGAAUAGACGUUGUGCUACAUCUUCGAAAUUAGAUUAUUUUUUUCUAAAUGGGCUUGGAAAUCAUAUUUCCGUGAAUCCCAAGUCAGGUUAAAAAAUAAAAUCUACAGCAACAAAUUAAUAUAUAAAACAGAAGGUAUUACGCAAUCGAUUACUUCGUAUAGCACUAUUAUGUGGCGGCUUUUAAGGGCUAUCUUAUUUCUCUUAUGUAUUCAGUGGGGAUAUACUCAUCAAAAUCCUUUCCGUGAUCCAAAUUUUUGUGGCAACCCUCAAUGUGAAAUCUCUUCAAAGAAAUUCAAUUUUGUAGACAAGGUAUAUAAAUAUGAAUACACCAUUGAUUUGAAAACCGAGUUCUCGGGAACGGGGAACAAUGCAUCCAGCCUAUUCUUUAAAGCUACAGUAGAGAUAAAUUUUCCUAAGCCAUGUGAUGGAUUCCUUCGAAUUAAAGACGUAAAACUUAGGGAUGCUCUGAGUCAAAACGAUGAUGAGAUUGACAAUAAAGUGGACAAAGAAAUUGAUAACUCGAACGUUGAUGAUUAUUACGGGGAGUUUACUGAUUCCAGUGGCUCCGAUGAAGAAAGUGAAGUCGAUACCGAUUCUAGUGAUACUCAUCCUCACAGUUUGGAGAUAGCAACCGAACUAAAGAAAUAUUUAUUACGAUUUGCAUUUAACGAUGGCACGAUUACGGAAAUAUGCCCGAGCGCAAAAGAAAAAAUUUGGACAUUAAAUUUUAAAAGAGGUAUUUUAUCUACUUUACAAAAUACGAUGUUGCGCCUAGAUGUCGACUUUAACACAACGGAAACGGAUAUAGCUGGUGAAUGUAAAGUAAAAUACUCAUUAGAGAAAGUGAAUGAUGUUUUUAUUAAGAUACGUAAAACCAAAAAUAUGCCAACCUGUCAAAAACGAUAUUCAACUAAUUCUAUACUGCAAUCCGUACCCUAUGACUUUCGCAACGAUAAAACUAUGUGGCCAUUACUUGAUUCCAGCAGUUAUUGUGUUAUGACGAUUAACAAGAAGUUAUAUCAAGAUAUUACUUGCUACGACCAACACAAAUUUAUACCUUUCUCAAAUAAUAAUACUGGGGCAGUUACCAACGUGGUUUCUCGGCUCGAGUUGCUUAGCGAGGAAAGUGAUAUAAACGAAAAGUUUUUAAACGAACGUGACGAAAUUGUGGAGCGACGUUCAAAUCUUCUCUUUGACCAUACACCAUCUGCAAAACCAACGAAAAGCGAAAUUAAGUUGGCAAGAGAUUUGUUAAAGGAAAUGUGCGCAUUGGGAUUUCCAUAUAUUCAACGGGAAUUCAUAAAUGUUUUCACAAACUUUUUACAUACAAUCAAACAACUGGACUAUGAGGCAUUGACUCAACUUCUCGCACGGUCAACUAGUAUAUGUGAAAAAGGAAGAAAUCAUGUCUUAGAUUCCUUACCUUAUGCGGGUAGCUCUGCAUCGUUGCAGCUCAUGAGGGAUCAACUUCUUACAAAUGGUGUAUCUAAAAAAAUGGCAAUUUCUUGGCUUAAAUCGAUAUCGUUUCUCCAGCGUCCUGAUGAUGAAACAGUUGAAACUAUUUAUACAAUUUUUGAAUUCUCACGCACAAAAGAUGAACCUGAAUAUACGUUGUGUACCUCUGCCGUUAUACAUAGCUAUUGCCGAUAUAAUACUGAUUGUAUAAGUAAUAUGCGAGUUAAAUGGAUCACAGAAGCACUUGAGAGGGAGUUUAUAAAUAUCUUCAAUUCUUUCCGUGGUGAAAGGCGUUUAUACGAAAGAAUGGUCGUUAUACUGAAAGGACUAGGAAAUAUUGGCUUGCUAUCUGAACAUUUCGUUGAACAACUGCAAAAAAUUAUUGGGAAUGAAAAAGAAAUGUUACAACUUAGAUUGGAAUCAAUAUACACAUUUAGACGAGUGAAUUGCAUUGCACAUCGUUCAUUCUUUAUGGAUAUGUACACUAACUUUUUCAUCAAUUCGGAAAUUCGUAUUGCGGCUUAUUUGCAAACAAUGCGCUGCCCUGAUUACCACUCAAUCACCAAGAUAAAAGCCAUUCUACAAAAUGAAGCAGUCAAUCAAGUCGGCUCCUUUGUAUGGUCACAUUUGAGAAAUUUGGCCAAAUCAUCAUCACCGUUAUAUGUAGUGGUUCAAAGUUACUUAAUGGACGAAGUUAUAAAUGAAAAAUAUAAAUUAGAUUUUUGGAAAUUUUCGCGUAAUUAUCAGCAAAACUUCUUUUUCGACGAGUUUAAUUUCGGCAGUACAACGGAUUCGAAUUUAAUUUUUGGUACUGAAUCGUACCUGCCCCGGAUGGUGACCCUCAACUAUACUUCAAACCUGUUUGGGAAUUCGUAUAAUUUUUUGGAACUUACAACAAGAGUAGAAGGUUUCGAGCAAUUACUUUUAUCCACUAUUAACCUUGAAAGUUGGUUGAACGAAGAAAGCAUAUUUAAUCAAAAAGGGCUUAAAAAUGUUAUGGAUGCUUUGAACAAUUGGGUAAGCAGUAUGAAGCGGUCCAGUUAUGACACACCAUCAGAUAGUCCGAUCAGAAGCAACAAUUCUUACCUUAACGUAGAGGCUAAUAAUGAGCAACACUUAAAAAUUCCAGUGCAGAACGAUGGCAAAUGUGAACACAAAUAUUGUCGCCCGAAGCGUUCAUUGGAAAUAAAAGAUGUGAAUGAAUAUAGAUCAAAGCUGCGGCGAGACAUAGACAAUUUAGGCUAUAAACUUAAGUACGACUAUAAUAAUCCAAAACUACAGUUUGGACUACGAAUAUUUGGAAAUGAUUUGCAUUACUACACUGUAAAUGGGUUUCCAGAAUUUUAUGAACUCACUAACAAGUUUAAUAUUCUUGAAAAGGCCUCAGAACUAUUAACAGGCAAAGAAAUCACUUUCACAAAAUCAAAUAUAUUCGUGGAAGCCUCUUAUGUAGCGCCUUUAAUGGUUGGUUUACCGUUAUCAAUAGAUUUGUUUGGUGCUUCUGCCAUUGACGUUCGUGCGAAAGGCAAUCUCGAUAAAAUGGAAUCAUCCUUUUCCGGCUUGAGUUUUGACUUUAAUGGUAUGAUAAAACCAACGGUACUAGUUGAUUUAAUCGGAACAAUGAAAUCAGAUAUGUUUUAUGCACAGUCCGGUGUUAAGGUCAAAAGUACAUUGUAUUCAAACUCAGAAAUAGGAAGCGAACUAAAUGUUCGGGGCAAGAACGCGGUUUCGUUAUCAUUUACGUUACCACAAAAUAUAAGCGAAAUUUUGAGUGUUCAGUCAGAGCUAUUAAAAAUAACAAGAAAUGGAGAUGAACCACAACCGGGUAUUGGAAGCCGCUGGUCAGAGUCCGCCUGUACACCGUCUUGGGUGGACGCUGCAAUUGGCCUGAAAAUGUGUCACAAUAGCAGCAUUCCUCAUUUAAAUGAAUACAAAGGAAAAUUACAUCCUAGUCUUUUACUGAGCGGUCCAAUGAACUUCACCUUUGCUGUAACUAAAUCUGAUCAGGCAUCGAAAAAGUGGACUAUCGAAUAUACUUCGACUAAAAGCGAAAACGAAAAUAAUUCCAAUUCCUCUCUUAUUUUCUAUACUCCUGGAUCUACCAUUGAACGCUCCAUUCUAGUCAAUGUUAGCACUGAGCCAGAAAAGUUCAAUUCAUCAAUAAUAUUUACUCAUGGUGUCAACAAAGCAUCCGCCGUUUGUCAGUACAUAGGGAAAACAAGUCACAGACAGUUUGGUAUUUUAGUGAAUGCAAACGGCAUGCGUACUUUGGACUUAAACGUAGAACUGCGAAGACAACAAGAACGAAAUGUAUUGAUUUACAAACCGAAAAUGUUAUUGGCCGUAAACGGUGUCAACAUAACAGGCUCUGUGGGAUCAAUUCGAAUUAAUGAGAAAAACGGCAUUGCCCAAAGCGAUUUGGACAUUUCUUUUGAGACUCGAAAGCUGCAAAUGCUGAUAAGAGGAAUCGUCGUGCAGACUGAAGUUACAAAAUCAGCAAAUUUCACAAUAAACUAUAGGUUUCAAGCAAAUAAGAUAGAAAGCAUAAAUAUUGAAGGGCGCCUAUCCAGUUCUGGUGAUAAGUCUAAAAUAGAAUACGCCGGGAAGAUGAAACUAAGAACUUCAGCACAUCCCAAAUUAAAUUUUGCUUCAAACGUGACCUGGCGUUCAAUUCAAGGUCACACCGAAGGUAUUUUGACAUUUAAUAACGGCUUGAAUUUUAGUGAUCCCGAAUAUACCAGCGUUUGGCAUUUAAUACUUUCACGAGCAUACUCAGAGGAAAACAUUUGGGAAGGUUCGCAUUCAUAUGCCAGUUUCAAUGUUGUUAUACCUCGAUCCAAGGUCAACUUUAAGUUAUUGUUAAGGCAUGAGGAACGUUUAAAAAAUGGCAGUGAGCAUAAUGUUUUAGCUGAAUUUCAUCUGAAUCCAGAAAAGAAUGCCACAGUUUUAUUUUCCAUUUUAAUCCCACGAAACGAAUUACUUACAUGUGAUGCUUUUUUCAACAUCACCGUAGCAAAGUUUAGCUCCUGUCAUGGGCAUUUGAAAUUUGAAGAGAAGAAGCCUAAGACAUACAUGGUUAAUUUCAACGGUACGUGGUUUACGAAAGAGUUUGUUGUCAUUAAAGCAAAUUACAAGGAUCGCAGUACCAGUUUCCAAGCACUGAAAAUGAUUGUGAGCAGCCCUUCAUUUAGCUUAAUAACGCUUAAUGCCAUGUAUCGGAGGGGACAAAAUAUAGUGUUAAGCAAUUUUAAUGUAAAAUAUGGCGAGGAACCAUAUGGUGCAAUAGUUAAACUUAUUUCCCAACCAGCCAAUAUGAACAGUACUAUUUGUGAAGUGCACAUAAAUUUAAAAGAGAAGGCGUAUUGGUUAAACUCUAGCAUAUCGACGAAAGAACCAAAAAUGUUGCAAAUGGAACUUCAUUUGGAUAAACUUCGGGACCUUUAUUUGAAAUCCAGCUUAGUAAAUUUAGUGGAUGAAAAGGAAGUGUCCCUGGAACUGAAUUGGGACAUGAAUCGAGAUCCUUCGCAGCGUCUACUUCUAUUAGCUGACUACAAGAAGCCUUCUAACUGGAAACAUACUGGUCAGAUUUUAGUCUCUUAUCCUGAUCGCACAAUUAGCUGUGCAGUAAAUGUAUUCACCGAAGGGCCCAAGUACCAUGGAGAUUUGCAUGCAUCAUGGGAAAUCAAUGAGGCAAUAACCCUUAAGUACAAUGUUGGUUUGUUGCCCAUGGACAAUGUUAAUCAUUGGCUGCAUGUAGAAAUUCAAACACCUUUCAAUAAUUGGGCUAUGAACAGUAUUGAUGCGGGAGUCUACAACAACGGAAAUUUAUUAUUGGCAAAUACGUCGCUAAUUUGGGGUGAAAAUCAAAACAUUAAAUUAAUUUGGAAAAGCGACGUAAAUAUGGAGAAAAUUCCAACACUGCUGGAUAUUCGAUUUGGUUUGAACAGUACGAUUUUAGAAAUGCCUUCAAUCAACUUGGAGAUUAGGAAUAUGCGUGACUUGAACAAAUUAGACAGUGGCGUAAGUUUACGUUACAGUAGUGCCAAUGACACUGUGAAAAUUUAUUGUUGGAAGUCAAAGUGGGAACUGAGUAAAGACGAAAAAUUCCAAAACGUAAGUGGCACAAUAUUUGUAUUGACCCCUUACAAAGAGUUUUGGAAAGGUGGAUUAGCUACAAAGUUCAGCUUAAGCAAUAGAAAAGAAAUAAUUGGAGCGGCUUCAAUAACAUUUAACUUACGAGAAAUCACGUUAACCGUGGAUGGUUAUGUUGAGAAUUUGCAUGAUAACAUGAUAACGAUUAAUAUCACUACACCUGUCAGCAAAUUCCGCCAUAUUAAAUGUCGCUUUGGUUUGAAUGAAAAAAGAAGAAACGUUGUUGCUGAAAUUCGUACACCCACCACAGCACUGGGCGCUGAAGUUUUGUUGGAUGUUAAAUCUUUGGCCGAUUUUGAUGUAAAGUUGAGUAUAGCUACACCUAUCGAAAAUCUCAGGCUUGCCGCCUUGUAUGCGAAAUUAAACAGGAAUGCUGUAGAUAUGCGAGGUGAAUGGAAUAAUGUUACUCUUGGUUUUACAGGAAUAUCCUACAUGAACGAUUUGAAAGAUUUCGAAUAUUCCUGCAAAAUUUUUACACCACUUCAAGACUUCGAAGAGCAUGGAUUUGUGAUAAAGUUUUUGAAAAAAGAUAUUUUUGUGCUGAAUUUGCAUUUUAAAUUUUCGCAUUACAAUUGCGGAAUAAAAAUGAAUGGAAAACCAAAAUCGCUGAUUCUAAAACAGCUCGGUGAAAAGAUAAUUGAAUUAGAAGCAAAGUAUGAUAAAGACUUCAAACCUCCAAAAGUUGUUGAGACUGAUUUCGCUGAUUUAGAAUAUGAUGAAUAUUUCGCUUACAACGUGGAAUUUGUACUGGAUUUGUUGGUUUGGCCUACCAUCGAAGGAAUGGUGGAUGUUGAAGAAAUAUUAGACUAUUACUUUACUGUUGCCAAUAUUAAACUACCACAAGGUCUUGUCGAUAUACAAAACAAUUUAUACUUUCCGGAUUAUUUGAAUGUUAUCAAUGUAUUAAACGCAGAAACGCCUUUUGAAAUAGCAAAACAUCUGAAAUUAAUUAUAGAGCACAAUGUCGACUUGAAUUUCCAACAUCUUCAUGAGAAAGUGAAAUGCUUAAUCACCAAAAGUGAUUUAGUGAGUGGAAUAGGCAUUGAUGUUGUCUACUUUAAGUCCGCCGAUUUGAUAGAACAACCGGAGCACAAUAUAAAGAUAAAUUUGGAGCUACCAACCAAUAAGACCGUGGAUAUAACUGGUAAAAUGGAUUUAGAUGACAACAUGUUUAAGGGUUCUUUAAAAACUAUUGUGGGCGACAAGAGUCUAUCGAUGGCACUAGCUUUUGAGUCUGAGGAAAAUUUUCUCGAAGUAACUGCUAAUUAUGGGUUAGAAGAAAAUAUGUCACCACGACACAAUAGCAGUAUUUAUAUAAAGCAAGAAUUUUCUGGAGUUGAUAAGUCGCUUACAGUAAAACUGGAAUUAAAUAAAGAAAAUGCUGUAAACAAGCUGGACGCUGAUGUGGCAUGGCAGGUUGGGAAUGACAACGUGGAGAUUAUUUCCAAUGGCAAAUAUUUAAGCACAGAACUGCAAUUGAAGUCGUUUGAAUACUCAUUUCUAUUAAAGAAUAAUGAUAAGCCACAGCUUAAUAUUGAUAUGAAAUUUUUGAAUCGAAAUAAUUUGAUCAUGGUUUAUGGGAUACGAGCAGCAAAAUUCGAUGAAGUAAUAAACGCGGAAAUUUGGACACCAAUGGAACAUUUUAAAAACGUUUCCCUUCAUGGCACUAUGACUCCUAUAAAUAACGAUCAAUAUAGAAUUGACGGAGUAUUCUAUCGAGAUAUGGUUACUUAUAACCUUAAAGGUGUUGUUCAGAUUCAAAAUAGAUACCCGAUUAAUGUGCGUCUGCAAACGAAAACUUUAUCUGGUGGUUCCGAUGGUAUUAUUGAAUUAAAUGUUAAAAACAAACAAAAUGCCUUAGAGUAUCAAUUUGAUGCAAAAGAAAAUGGAAAAAUAUUUAAAAUGUACGGCACGUUUUCAUAUCAUAAUUUAACUGGUCUUGAGUUUUCCGGGCAAGUGGAGUCAACAGAAGCUGAAGUUAAUCGAAUUUCUUUUAAGGGCAGUUACAAAUUCCCUGCACUUGAUCGGACUACAGCCAGUUUGUCUUUCGAAACACCCUGGGCUGAUAUGGGUGUACAGAAAGUAAAUAUUUGGUCCCAAGUAGAUAGACGAUUAGAUAUGGGUCAAAUAAGCGGAGGUUAUAAAUUUGAUUCCUAUUCGGGAGUUGGAAAAUGCGAAUGGACCUGGAGUCCAGAGGAAGACAUGCGUCUUUUGAUAGAAAGUAACAUUGAUCAUCCAAAUGAAAACACAAGCAUUCUGUUUUCUGAAAUAAAAUACGUAAAUCCUAAUAAAAAUUUUAAGGACUUAGGUAUUGGAGGCAAAUUAAAUCUCAGUUCACUUUGGUAUUUUGAAACAAAAGCUAGCUUAAAUUAUGAAUCGGAAAAUGAUAUUAAGUUUGGAUUAUUAACACACUGGCCUUUAGUGGAGAAUGAUAUAUAUGAACUAGUUGGUCGGUAUCAAGGAAAUCUGAUUAGUAGACAAAGCCAAGGCUUAGACGUGUCCGUUGAAGGGAAAUAUUCAGCGAAAAAAUCUAAACAAAGUUAUUUAACGCACCUAAUAUAUAGAAAUACUACAGAUUUAUAUAGUAUGGGUCAAGUUGAAUGGAAUAUAGCUGGUAAGAAUAGUACAAUACAAGCAGAAGUACAAAUGUUGAGAAAAAUGAAAGCUCGUCGAGAAAUUAGUGCAAAAUUAAUUACACCAAAAUUUGAAAAUGAGGCUACUCUGAAUUUAUUUGGUACCUAUGAUCAGUUGAAAGAUAGCUACCAUUACGUUAAUUGGACUGUCAACUAUCCAUCUACAAAAAAGAUUGCCGAUAUAGACCUAACCAUUCAGUCCUUUGCCAACUUAAAAGGAAAAUUAAAUUGUAUGACGCCGUUCUCGAAGGCACCAUGGAUCGAAACUGUGUUGAAAUUCAGCACAAACAGCGAAAAUAACUACCGCUUUUGUCGAGUCGAUUGGCCGACAGACUUCGUCCUUAUCAUAUUGAAUAAUACCUAUGCACGUAAAGCAAACGAAAACAAAAUAGAUGGAAAGAUACAACUGGAAGUUCCCUUCAAUACGCGCCAUUACGCCGAUAUUAUAUAUAAUCUCGAUCAAUAUCAACGCAAGGACAAUGGCAAUAUCAAAGUAACGUACAAUAAGAAAGAGAUUCUCAAAGGAAUUUAUCAGCGCAAAGAAGAAACAUAUGACAAAUUCAAAGAAACAACUGAUAUUUCAUUAGAGAACGAUUUUAGGUCAAUAGGAAUUCAUUUCGUAAAUAGUUCUGAAUGGCGUAAUGAAAAUAGUUAUUUGAAUAUAAAGCAUGCAGAGAUUUUUGAUCUACACAAUCAAACAAAAUUCAACUUGACAUGGGAGUUGUAUGACUCGACUUCGGGUUCUGAAAAGGAGUUUAAACUGGUUGCCAUUCAUCCAAAUCGUACGGUUAUUCUGACGACCAAUUAUGAUAAGUCCUCUAUAUAUAAGAUUAAUCACCGAACUAAACUAGAACUAUCGGACGCAGCAUGGAUCGGUUACAGGAUUGUAUUUGGAAAAAGCAACAAGCAGAAUAAGAAUGAUGCUCGAAAUUUGUUGGCUGAAUUAUCAUAUCCAAAACGUAAACUCACAGUAGAUGGAUAUUACGUAACGUCAGCAGAUGUCUUCACCUCUAAUAUGACCUUUUCAUGGUCGGCCGCACUGAAUAAUAAUACCAAAGUGGUGCGCACAAGUCUUUUGUGGCGCAUAGAACCUCUAAGCCAAAACGAUCGAGACAACCAAACGAUAAUAUUUUCAUUAGGACACGAACUUUUGGAAAAGGAUUUAUUAAUAAAGGGAAAUUUAUAUCGUGGUAUUAAGGAUAUAAUCAAAGCAAACGUACAUAUAGACUAUUCAUACGAUCCCCAAAAUUUGAUAGAAGUCAACGCUUUACUAACCGACUUAAGCAGUAGAAAUGAUUAUACAAAAUAUGCCGUUAAGUUUUUGGCGUAUCAUAAAGCUUCUCAAAUCAACGCACAAUAUAAUGGAUCGGCAAAUCAUUCACCUUUACUUUUUAAAAUAGAAUCAAAUUCUUUAUAUCAGAGAGAUUACUUCCAGGAAAAAGUUGGCGCAUUUUUGAUACUAUUAGAUUUGAACCAAAAAGAAGUUGCGUAUACGCGGAAAUCACCAUAUCGAACGGUACACCUAUGGCUUCAACCACAUCUAAGUUAUCCUGUUUAUGGAAUGAAUGCUACAUUUUUGAAUACGCCCGAUGAUAAUAACUCUGGGUUCGUUUACGUUGAUAUUCAUAAUAAAAUUGCGAAAGCGUAUUUUAAUUUAACCGAAGACGGAGUUCACAAUCUCCAUAUGCUUGGUUAUAUACCCGACUCACGUCAUAGCUAUAUUGACAUUUGGCGCAACUACGAGGAAGUAUACAUCGUUGACGUCACUUCCUACCUAAAUUUGAAUCAUUCAAGACAAAUAAGCGGACGUUUACACUGGCGCCCCAAAAUAAAAAGUGAAUUGAAAGAGAAAGCUCGUAAUAUUAAAAAUGCUUUAUUGAAUUCAUUCAACGAACAUAUUGAUUUUUGGACAAAGUCGCUUUACGUAGAAGCGUUGUCUGCAAUAUCGGAUGUUUGGCAAACAUCUAAAGAGUAUAAUAAGGAUUUCAUUGAUGAUCUUGCCCAGCUCAGUGUUCUGGAGGAAGACUUAGAAGAUUUACGUGAAUAUUUAAAUAGAUCAUAUGAAGCAAAUGAUUUUUACAUUAAAUCUGUUGUAAACUUUUCACUUACCAUACUUGAUGAAGUAGCUUUUCGCGAUCAAUUUGAUUCGUUGCCUGCCAUAUUCAGCGAGAUACGUCAGGUUUUGGGAGAAUCCGGAAAAGCUUUACGUCAAAGCAUUAUACAAUUAAUUGAGAUGAUUAAGACUAAUUACAACAAUAUUUUACAGACGUUUAACAACUUCUUCCACGGGCAGCCGCUGAAAUACUUCACCGACUUAAUGGAGAAAGGUUUCGAAAAGUAUGAAAAGUUUGUGAAAGAAAUACAUAUAUCAUUUAUAAACCAAGUAGAAAUCAUGUGGAAUAAAUUCUCAAAUCUAAUUUCCACAUAUACCAAAGAGAUCCUUAAGCGUUUGGAACCAUAUAUAUUCAGAGCAAUGAGUUUUAUCGAAAAGACAGCUUGGGAUUUCAGCAAAGAGAUUUUCAAUUACAUUAAUGAACGGACAAAUGAAAUGGCAGAGUCAACAUAUUUUAAUCAAGUGUCCUCUUUUGCCCAAGACAUAGAGAAUUUGUAUAAAGAUAUUAAGGCACAUGAUUCAAUAGAGAAUAUAAAAAAAUACAGUAAUAUCGCUUGGAAAUUUAUCAAAGAGAAAUACCAAAAGGUAAUACCAUUCGGAACAGAAAUAAGCGAGAUCGUUAUGGAAAUAUGGGAAGAAAUUAAAGAGCUGGAAAAAAUAAGGCAGGUACAAUUUGUUAUCAGUAAAUUUAAAGAAGUAUCGUCUAAAAUAGAAUGGUUGGAAGAAGAAUUGGAAAUAAGAAAAUAUUUGAAUCAUCUAUAUGCUCUACUUCGAAACAAAUUACAAAAUAUUGCGUUGAAUGCCUUAGAAGUAACCGAUAUGUAUCGUGAAGCAAAAACUAAAUUCUUCUUUGAUCCUGAGGUGGGUGAAAUUGAUUUGGAACAAAAAUUACCGAUAUCGUGGCACGCUUUUAAUGAAACGCCGCAAUUCCAAGAGAUUCCAGAGCUCAAAUUAUUAAGGCAACUUCAAAACAUAUUAACAGCCAAUAAUAUGUCGCUUCUGGAGCAUUUAUAUGAUUGGCGAUCGUAUUUAGAUCCUAAGAAAUGGCUACCACAAUAUUAUUCUCGUGCGUAUUUGAUUGACACCAGGUUUUACAUAACUCACGACAAGCGAUUUGUCAGUGUCGAUGUUGACACUAACGGCUUCAACAACUGUACUUAUGUUUUAUCUCAUGAUUUUUGGAACAGUACAUUUACACUAACAGUCGAUUUCUCGGAUGUGGCAAAGUUUAAUCUUCUUGUUAAAGACUAUGUAUUCCAAAUCGAUCUAAUAUCCGAUACUUUAUACUUCAAUGGAACUUCAAAUCCGAUGCUGCCCAUCACUCUCGAAGAUUUGUUAGUGCAUAAAGACUCAGAUGUUCUGUCAAUAAAUUUGGACGGUGGAUUCAAAUUUGAGUGCAAUAUGAAAUUUGAUUUGUGUUGGUUUGAGACUAGUGGACGAUAUUUCGGUAAAACUGCCGGGCUAUUAGGCACGAUGAACAACGAGCCUCUUGAUGACUUUAUUACACCGUCUAACACAAUUGCUUUAUCUAAUGAUGCCUUUACUGGAGCUUGGAGUACAAGUAGCUGCAGUAAAAAGUCUGUUGGGAAAUUGUUGAAUAACCAAACUAAAGAGCUCAGCGAAACAUGCCGACAACUGUUUUCAUCUUUAGCUUAUUGCUCAAAUAUUGUGGAUCCAGAACCCUUUAUAAACAUAUGUUUGGAAUUAGGUUAUGAAUCUUAUAGAGAAGAUCCAAAACGUGCAUUCCAUAAAAAACUAUGCACCUCUGUACUUGCAUAUAUUGAAGUAUGCCAAAGAUCUAAAGUACCGAUACGGAUGCCUCAGCAGUGUGUAUUUUGUGAACUUACGAACGGUACGUCUGUGGCUGAAGGCGCAUUUGUGGAAUAUCACGACAAUUUUGCUUCUCGCAGUAGCGACAUCGUCUUUUUAGUAGAAGCAAACACAUGCAACACAUUUAAUAACGGUAAUCAAAGCUUCGGAUAUAUGAUUUCAGCCCUGGAAGAACAGUUGCAACGCCAGAAAUUUAUUAAUAACAGAUAUGCGGUUGUUGCCUAUGGAUCACAACGGUCGCCAUUCAAUUAUCCACGCAUAAUUUCGUAUCGAAAUGGUGUAUUUGUUAAUAACACUGACCAAUUAAAUGACUAUCUUGCACAUGUAACAACUCUUUCAAAGAGUGAGGACAGCUCCAAUCCGAAGAGUGAUAUAUUGCAAGCUAUCUUGAAGGCAUCUAGAUUAAAUUUCCGACCGGGCAUUUCUAGAACAUUUAUAUCAUUAUCCUGCAGCCGUUGUGAUAUAAAGCAAAUGCGUUUCGAUUACUCUUCGAUAUUGCAAUAUUUAAUUGAUGAGGGCGUUAGUUUGCAUAUUCUCACUAACGCCGACAUUAACUUUGAUAAGUCUCGCAAAGUUCGUCAAUAUUAUGGAUUCGAUAAGCAGUUUGUGUAUUCUAAUCGUAAUCCGGAAGGUGAUAGCGAAAUGCGACCUACACUCCUUAUAUCAAAAAGCAGUCUGGGAGUGUGUACCCCAUUAGCUAUAGAGAGUGGUGGAUCAAUUUUCAGCAUAAGAAAAACGAUGACUGAACGAAAGAAUUCAAUGAAGCGUUUUGCUAAUAUUUUUGCGAAGCGUGUAGUGCAAAGUUCCAUACCCAAUGGCAGUCAGACUUGUGAGUGCGUUGGACAUAACAACGUUUUGGCCUAUAUGGUGUGUACACCAAGUGAAGAUCAUAAUCAAGGAUCAAGUUAUGGUGAAAUUGAUUCAGAUUUCUCUGACUGGGACUGGCAAACAGAAGAUUAUGAUUUGGAAUGACAUCGAGUAUCUUUAAUAUACCAUAAUGCAACAUAAUAAAAAUAAAAGUAAAAAAAUCA